CGUCUCUCCACGCUGAGAUCUUCUUCCGUUUCGCCCUUCUGUUCCCGCGAUCAUCGAUCUUCGAUUGGGCACAUAUGAUGAAACCGUCGAAAACGAGGAAGAAAAAGAGUAAAAUCAAGGCGGAUCCCUCUCCCACUUAUCCCAAUUCACCGGAAUCCGUCAUUGUGGAUGCUGGAGCAAUUGAGGAAAUCGAGGAUGAUGGCAAGCGAGCCCUGGAUUGGCUUAUCUCCGCUUUUCCAAGUCUUUCUCUCGAUCAAAUUGAUUCAGCCUACAAAGAGGCCGGCGGUGACGCCUAUAAGGCUGCCGGCAUACUAGGCGCGGAGCUUGUGGACCCCGGGGAGAACCACGGAUCUACCGGGAAGAAGAGAAGCGCGCCCAAGCAAAAGAGGAUUGCGGCGUCUACCGGUAUGAUCUCUGGAAUCAUUGGAAAGGAUUAUUCGAAAUCGGCCUCAUCUUGUAGCGGUGGGAGAGGAUGGGUUGGUCCAAUGGAGAUGAAGAAGCGAGCGUUUUAUGCGCGUAGCAGCGAGGAGGCCGAGGAAUUCCUUUGCUCAAUGCUAGGUAGUGAUUCAGAACUGGGCAUGGGUGUCGUAAGGGACGUUUUAAGUCAAUGCGGAUACGAUCUUCAAAAGGCCUUGGAUUUUUUACUUGAUACAUCAAAAAUUUCUAAGGAAAGAAAUGGUGUUGAUCAUAUGGAAGUGGUAUUUGGGGAACAAAGAAAAGGUGAUGCAAGGAAUUCAGAAAUCUAUCGUGAAAUGUGGAGCAAGGACCCUUCAAAAAACAAACAAAGUUCAUUCCGGUUAACAGAUAAGUCAUUUGUGGAAACUUAUCAUUCAUCUGCAAAAGAACAAGAUAUCCUACAGUGUGUAGGAUCUGGUAGUAGGGAAUACUUGAAGGUCCCUUUGAACACAAAGGAGCAGGUUCCCUCGAAAUUUGGAAUGGUGAAUCCUAAUCUCCAGCAAAAGGUCCUAGAAUCCUUGUUUAAUGUCCCUGAAAUGUCCUGUGUAUUAAACAGCAUGAGCUGGAAGGAGGUCGUAAAGAAAGUUGAAUCAUUUGGUCAAGGAUUGGAGUUCGGUUUUGAAGGGGUUUCAGAACCUUCAUCAGGGUCUAGAGUUGGCAAAGAAGAUUAUCAUGCUUUUAGGAGUGUCGCCAAAAAGAACUGGGACACAAUGAGAAGUUAUUACCACAAAGCUACUCUGGCAUAUGCAAGGGGAGAACGGGCUCAAGCAUCCUAUCUUUCAGAAAAGGGAAAAUUUUUCAAGAAGUUGGCCCAAGAGGCAGAUGAGAAAGCCAGCCAGGAGAUUUUUGCAGCCAGAAAUAAGGGCAUAAAAAACACAAUCGUCAUUGAUUUACACGGCCAGCAUGUCAAACAAGCUAUUCGGCUCUUGAAGCUUCACCUACUACUCUGCACUUACAUUACUUCCGUCCAUUUUCUUAGGGUUAUAACCGGGUGUGGCGCAGAUGGUGUUGGACUGGGCAAAUUGAAGCAGGCGGUACUGAACCUUGCAAGGAAGGAGGUUAUUAAUUGCAAUGAAGAAAAUUCUGGAACUUUGCUUCUCUGCCUAGAGGGGCGAAGGUCAUUUACUUUUAUGGAGUCUGAUGUUGAUUCUGAUGAAAAUAAACCCUAACACUUCACUUUCUAGGACAUGUACACUAUUGAAAAAAGUAGUUUUUUUUUUUUUUUUUGAGGGGGGCGAGGAGGGGGACAUUUGAACCAUUAAAACAAACUGACACACAUCACGUACACAAGCUUUGAACUCAAGAUCUUCUGAUUAGUAGCCAAAGCUCCCAACGAACAGAUCAAGAUGAGCUGUGCACAGAAGUAGUCAAGUUAAUAUUGUCUUGUGAUUGCUAACCCAAAUUCAUUGUAGUUAGGAUGCUUAUCCCUAAAUUUCACAAAUUCAUUGUUUUGUACUUGUAACUUAAAAAGGGAUUCAAUAUAGAGACUAUAUUCAGAGCUCAACA